AUGGCUACUAGAAACCCCUCUGAUCCUUUUCUUAUACCAACAACCCCAUCCAACCGGCUGCGGCUUUCUCCGACUGCGGCGAACUUCACACCUACCGAGAUCACCAGGCCCGUUGUCAGUGGAGAUCAGCUGAAUGAUCUGGCCUGCAAUCACCCGGGCCUUGGCCACUUGAAUGGUCAAGCACUAGCUGGGCCUCGUGCAGGUGGUAGCAGUUCUCUGAGUAUUACUGGACUGAGACUACCAAAUUACGGACCUAUUGGUCGUGCUCCUGCGAUUCAGAAGGCUUAUGAAGCAGGUAUGGUCGCCGAUAACAUGGAAUCGGAGAGACGAAAUCGUGCAUUUGCCAUUGAUAACGUUCCGACCAAUCUCAACUACAUGUCUUUGGCCGGUUUUUUCAACCGUCGGGAAUUUGUAACUCUCAGAGGGCUGGUACUUACCGAACUUAGCUCUUUAGGUAGGGUCUAUGUGGCUUUCACAGAUAGUCGGGAGGCGAAAAAGGCCAUCGAUAAAGUCCGGCUUCUUCGACCUGACUGGCAUAUGUUCCCUCUUUCCACGAAGGAAUAUGUGCAACACUCUGAGCCGUCUCUUCUUUCGCAAGCAUCUGAUUAUGAAGGUCAACUGCUUGUAUCUGUUUAUUACGAUAGCCGGAACCCGACUUUUAACCCACAUGCUAUAGCAAAUUCACUACAGGCCCUUGCGACGACAUUCGGGGAUGUCAAGUCAUUCAAGCCUUUGCUUAAGGGCCAAGAAAAUGUCAGUGAGUUCCACCUGGAAUUUUUCAAUUCGCGCGACGCAGAGAACGCUAUGGUGACCCUAAAUGGCACUACCGUUGAUGAUUGCAUUCUCGAGGCUAUUCUUUUCAGACCUGAUGUUGGUGAAGAUACUGCAUUGAAUGCUCUUACAAGCCCAUCUCCAGUGAAAGAUGGGCUUUCACGUUACAAUGUUCCCCCCUACAGAAACAGCUCAUAUGUUUCAGGACAUUCUUUUCGCACGCCUUACAUGGAGCUUAGCCCAACCGGACGCUCUACUGUCCCUUCAGGCGAGCAUGCUGAUCUCAUUGAUUGGAUGUCUAGGGCGGGCGAGGGAAUCUUGCCUUCUCCCCGCCGCGAGAUUACUCGUUAUCCUGACGCCCGUAUAAUCAGCCAGAAUGCUGUGGAUAUUGAAAGAAUACGCCUUGGCUUGGAUGUACGUACAACGAUCAUGCUUCGCAAUAUUCCAAAUAAGAUCGACCAAACCAUGCUGAAGGCCAUUGUCGAUGAAAGCAGUCAUGGCAAGUAUGAUUUCAUGUAUUUGCGCAUUGGUCGCGGAAGUGUCGUAUGCGAGUUAGUACCAUGCUACUGUGAUCAAAUUCCCUCUCUAAUGUUUUUGUCAACAGCAAUUCAAGGCAAAGAUUGCCUCAUACAAAAAUUCCGAAAUAGCUCAGUCAUGUUAGAACAUCCAUCGUUUCGUCCGAAGAUUUUCCAUACCGGCACUGGUCCUCUUGCUGGUACAGAGGACCGUUUCCCGGGACCAGACAACCCUUCAAAGAUGCGUCGUAGUAUCGAAAAUGCGGAACAUAUUGGAUUGUUCGCCCCACGUGUUGGUCAGCAAUACCGUGAUGAGCAACGUCGCCGGCGUUCACAAUUUGAUCGCGGAACCACUGCCGCUGAGCGGGAGGUAGUUUACGUUCGGACGAUGUCCCCAAAUCCCUUUGGCGUCACCAAUGGUCUGAGAAGUGCGCCCUGCACGUAUCCCACAUCAACCAUAUGGUACGAUCCGACCAUUCCUGAGCGCGGUCCAAAGACGUCCUAA